CUCCGGCUGCAAUCUGAGAUCCGUUCUCCCUUCCGCUUUCCAAGUCACUGGCUCUGCCAAGACGGACAGAUGAGAGCGCUCCCGAGACUGAGAUGAGCCGCGGGCUCGGCCGAGUAAGGAGCCAGUGGCUUUUCAGCCGCAGAGCUACAGAAAGGGAGGGAUGGAGGAUGAGCACGAGCGCCCUUUGCAGCCUCGGACCCAGAUUCAGGGCAGAGUCCUGCUCCUGACCAUCUGUGCGGCUGGCAUUGGUGGGACUUUUCAGUUUGGCUACAACCUCUCCAUCAUCAAUGCCCCGACCUUGCACAUUCAGGAAUUUACCAAUGAGACGUGGCAGAUGCGGACUGGCCGGCCGCUGCCCGACCACCUGGUCCUGCUCGUGUGGUCCCUUAUUGUGUCUCUGUACCCCCUGGGGGGCCUCCUGGGAGCGCUGCUGGCUGGGCCCUUGGCCGUCAAGCUGGGAAGGAAGAAGUCCCUGCUGGCGAGUGACGUCUUCGUGGUGGCUGCCGCGCCGCUGUUCGCCUUCAGCCGCAGAGCAGGCUCCUUUGAGAUGGUCAUGCUGGGCCGGCUGCUCGUGGGCGUCAGCGCAGGUGUGAGCAUGAACGUGCAGCCCAUGUACCUGGGGGAGAGCGCCCCCAAGGAGCUCCGCGGGGCUGUGGCCAUGACCUCAGCCAUCUUCACCGCCCUGGGGAUCCUGAUGGGGCAGGUGGUCGGCCUCAGGGAGCUCCUGGGUGGCCCGCAGGACUGGCCCCUGCUUCUGGCCAGCUGCCUGGUACCCGGGGUGCUGCAGCUGGCCUCCCUGCCCCUGCUCCCCGAGAGCCCGCGCUUCCUCUUCAUUGACCGUGGAGACUCCGAGGCCUGUCUGGCAGCGCUGCGGCGGCUGCGCGGCCCCGCGGACCUGGCGGAGGAGCUGGCCGAGCUGCAGCGGGAGCGCGCCGCCUGCCGCGGCCGGCGCGCGCGGCGCCCGUGGGAGCUGUUCCGGGAGCGCGCGCUGCGCAGGCAGGUGGCCAGCCUGGUGGUGCUGGGCGGGGCCAUGGAGCUGUGCGGGAACGACGCGAUGUACACCUACGCGGCGGUCGUGUUCAGCCAGGCCAGGAUCCCCCCGGAGAAGGUCCAGUACGCGGCCAUCGGGACCGGGGGCUGCGAGCUGCUGGCGGUGCUGCUCAGCUGUGUGGUGAUCGAGAGGGUUGGCCGGCGGGUGCUGCUGCUGGCGGGGUACGGCCUGAUGACCUGCUGGGGGAGCGUGUUCACAGCGGCCCUGUGCCUGCAGAGCUCCUUCCCCUGGAUGCCCUACCUGGCCAUGUCCUGCAUCUUUGCCUCCAUCCUCAGCUUCGGCGUCGGCCCUGGAGGGCUUAUCCAACUUCCUCUAUGUGCCUUUCCUGUGUGUCUGUGUCUGUGGGGCCGUCUACACUGGCUUCUUCCUCCCCGAGACCAGAGGCAAGAGCUUCGUGGAGAUCUCAGAGGAACUGCACAGACUCAACUUCCCCCGGGGGAGCCAGGGCCCCGUGUGGAUGGGCCCGGAGGUCAUCCAGUCCACAGAGCUCUAGCCCGGCAGGUGCGGCUGGCGCUCCGCUGGCCACCGCUCUUCCCACGGGCCCUUGACCAUUCCCCAGCGCCUGCAUCCCCUUGUUUGGGGGGGGCGCUUGUUGAGCACGUGCUGUGUGCAGGCCUGGUGCUUAGCGUCAGAGCUGAGCUGGAGGGAUGGGGCCCGGGACCUCUCGGUGCUCCCUGUCUGGAGGCAGUGAACAGGAAACCAAUCAAAACACAAUUACAAACUUGAGGAAACGCAGUGGAAGAAAAUACAGCUCGUGAAGUGUGUGUAUGCCAGGGGUUGUGUGGGGGAGUGGUCAGGAAAGGAUUUUCUGAGGAACUUAUUUGUUAAAAAUCAACUUUAUUGAGGUUUCAUUUGCAUGCAAUAAAGUAUAUCCAUAUUAAGUACACAUUGGAUGAGUUUUGACAGGUGUAUAUACCAGUGAACCACCAUGAUCCGUCACCCCCAAAGUUCCCUUGUGCCCCUUAGCAACCAAUACCCCACCCAAGCCCAGGCCCCAGGCAACCACGGACCUGCCUGUGGUCGCUAUAGGUCAGGUGUCUGUCAGAGGAUUUGAUAUAACUUCAUACCAUGUGUGUGCAUUUGUGUCUGGCUGCACGUAUGUUGCUGCGUGUGUUAGCGUACAUCCCUUUGUGUGGCUGAAUAGUAUUCCACUGUAUGGCUAUACCAUCGCUUGUGAAGCCGUUUCCCUGCUGGUGGACUUUGGGGCUGUUCCUAAUUGUUGGCCCCGAUGAAUAAAACUGCUGUGAACACUGCCGCGCACAUUGUGCAGACGUACACCUUCAUUUCUUUGGGGUAAGUGAAUUGCCGAGUUUAAUGAUGAAUGUGUGUUUACCUGGAGAAGAAACUGUUUUCCAAAGCGAGUACACUGUUUCAGGUGCCCGCCGGCAGUGAGACUCCUGGCUGCUCCGAGUUCUCAUCAGCACGGGGCACGGCCCGUCUCUGCAGGCUGCUGAGUGUGCCACGGGUUCUGCUGCUUUCACUGUGGCACCUCCCUGGUGGCUGGUAACACGGAGCAUCUCUCUGUGUGCUGACAUCGCCAUUCACGUGUCUUCUUUUGUAAAGAAUCUGUUCAAGCCUUUUGCCCACUAUUUAAAGGAAAAAAAGGCAGUUUUAAUUUCAUAGCAAAAUUGAGAGGGAAGUAUAGAGAUUUCCUGUAUGCCCCUCCCCUCCGUGCACAGCCUCCCCUGUUAUCAAAGGCCCCGCCAGAGUGGAACGCCUCUUACAACCCGCGAGCCUGCACUGUAACGUCAUCACCCAAAGCCCGCGGUCUGCAUUAGGGUUCAUCCUGUCGUUGCACGUGCCGUGGGUUUGGACCAGGGUGUGAUGGCGUGUUCACCAUUAUGGUAUCACACAGAGUGUUUGCGCUGCCCUGAUGGUCAUCCCUUUCCUGCCCCUGCCCAGCGCCUGGAGGCC